AUGUUCAUAUCAGCAAUCUUACUUUCUCAUCGAUAUAACAUAACGAUCGGCGGACAAUUCUUGGGCUGGCAAGUGAUGGACAGCGAAGAGAAUGUCGCAAAUACUCUGAGCAAAACAUGUUUACUAACAUCUUCGUCGAAUAUUAUCGGAAUUGUCGGACCAACGUUUUCCCGCGAGUCACAUUAUAUUGCUCCUUUCGCUGAAAAACUCGAUAUUCCCAUGAUAUCUCAUGCUGCUACUGAUCCUGAUCUGUCGGAUCGACAGAUAUAUCGAAGUUUCUAUCGCACGGUUCCUUCGGAUAAUGCAGCUGCCUUAGCGAUUACAAAAUUGUUUCUCAAAUACAAUUGGACUUCAUGCACAAUUAUCUAUCAGAACGACGCAUUCGGAUCCGGUGGAGCGAAGUCGAUAAGUGAAACAUUUGACAGGCAUGGUCUAAACGUCACUGGAAUGAUCAUCUUUGAUAUUGUCACUCGCACAAUUGGCGACGAUUUGAAAACUCUUCUAAAUAGCAGAUCAACGCGAAUUGUCAUCUUGUGGGUUGAGGAAAACUAUGCAGCUUUGGUUUUACAACAAGCGCUUGAUUGUGAUGUUCUAGGUCCACGCUUUACAUGGAUUCUGGGCUCCAAUAUCCCAUUGAAUAUUUUCAAUUCAUCAGUUUACGAUCGAUUGACUGGAAUGUUUACGAUAGAACCGGUUGUAGGGAAUGUUAUCAAUGCUCCAUUUAAUGCGACGUUAUUACGCGAAGCGUAUGCCAUUUGGCAGCAAUAUGAACCUGAAACGUUUCCCGGACCAGGUAAUGUAAAUUACUACGCACUGUUUUCAUUCGACGCAACUUGGUCACUGAUUCUGUCGUUGAGAGAACUUUGUCUAAAAAAUGCAUCGUGUACGUCAUUCUUGGAAACUCCUUUAUGCUUCCAUCGACGUUUCCUCAGUGCUGAUUUGUUGUUUGACAUCAUAAAUAACACUACUUUUCUUGGAGUAUCUGGCCCUGUAGAAUUCAAGGCUAAUCUAACCGAUCGGGUCAACGGUAGCUACUACAUUGCGAAAAAUAUUCAAAGUUUUUCGAACGGUUUGAACUAUGUGCCGGUAUUGGUUUGGUCGGAGACGAAUAAUUGGGUAUCGCAUACAGAAUUAAACACAAUAAUAUGGCCAGGAAGGUCGUUGGUUGCACCUAUAGGUUAUGCGCUUGCGACCAAUGCAACUCUGCGAAUUGCUGUCAUUGAAAUACCUCCUUUGACAAUUAUAGAAGAAACAAAAGAUGAACACGGAGGAAAGAAGACUAAAUUAAGUGGCUAUGCACCCGAUCUUAUUGACCAUUUGCAGAAACAAAUGAAAUUUAAAUCGAAUACUACUGUGCUAUCGUCCAAUCGAACUUACGAUGAGCUGAUAGAAGCGGUGGCGAAUAAUACGUAUGAUAUGAUCGUGGGUGAUAUUACCAUUAUCGCAACACGACAGAAGAGAAUCGCAUUCUCGAGUUCAAUAUACGAUGGUUCGUUACGUGUCAUUAUCAGAAACUCAUCGAGUAGUUAUUUACGUUCUUCUUCAAGCACGUCAUUACUCACGUGGGCACAAAGAACAUUAUGCUACGUUGGACUGUUGAUAUUGACUACUAUGCUAUUGAACGUUUUUGAGGGAAAAGGCUGGAUUUUCCCAUACAUUGAUUCUCCAUUGAAAAUCAAUACCCGUUACGAACCUAUUGCGAGAUCUAUUAGUUCCUUAAUCACUUGUUUCCUUUACAUGUUAAGUAUUAUUUCGUUUGCAUGCUUCACUGCUAGAUUAAUAGUUGAGUUGGCCACUCCAAAAUCUGAAGUUCUGAUAUCUGGCAUAGAUGACAUCAAAAAAGGUAAAAUUUCAUCGGAUCGUGUGGGUAUUAUUGCCAAUUCAUCUAUCGAAGACUAUUAUUUACGAGAAAUUUCCGGAGGAAAUCAUAAUUUUUAUCCACUGCAAUCAAAGGACGAUAUGUAUAACAAGUUAUUGAGCAAUACAAUCGAUGCGGCUAUUAUGGAUUCGGGAGUUUUAGAAUACUCAACAAACACGCUCUAUCGUAAUCUGACACUCGCUGGACCAGCUUUUGAUCACAGUGCAUUUGGUAUUGUUUAUCCAAAAGGAUGGCUAUACGAACAAGAUCUAAGUGUCAGUCUAGCAUCUUUGAAAAAAUUAGGUAUACUUGAUGGAUUGAAAAACAAAUGGUUUGUAACAAAUUAUCCGUCAAAUUCACUGCCAGUGUCUUCUUUUAAUAGUCGCCCAUUGUUUCUCUUUCUUGUCUUAAUUAAUAACAUAUUUUCAGGUACUAUAAACACUCCAACAACGAAUAGCAUUCCAUACAACACGUAUUCAAGUAUGGAAUCAAUUUCGGACACCUCAGAAAUACCACCACUGCUGCAAUCUAUCGAAAGCUGCACUGUCGAAGCAUCGACCAAUGAUUAUAUGGAACACGACGUAUCAUUAUUUUCGCCGGCAGAACACGUUCAAGUGCUGAAAGAUGAGAGUCGUACCAAUAGAAUCUCAGUUCAUUCAGUAUGCUCUUACUGCGCCGAUCUUAGUGGUCUUACACUUAUCAAUGACACACAACCUAUCACCGACUCAAUUACAAGUGAAGAAACUAUCAAGUUAAAACGAAAUAUAGAUAUAUCCAUUAUCUGUCUAGAUGUAAGUUUGUCACUUAAACAACCGAUCAAUGAUGUGCGUAUUAACGUCGAACUGUUUACCGACGACCUGAAAUGUACUUCUCGAUUACUAUCAAUCAACAAAAAUACCGAAGAAAAGAAACUGAUCUAUUUCGUUAUAUCUGCUAGUAGAGGAAGAAUCGUUCUACCAUUAGUUCAUUCCUGUGUGAAUAUCGAACGUAUUUAUAUACAUGAUGCUCAAAACGUCAGUCGAAAUUCGCUUUGGAUGGACAGUUACAGCAAAAUUGUCGAUUCUUGGCCGUCUACAGAUGCAAUUCAACAACAGUUGAAACAAGAUAUAGAGCAUCUCAUGACCAAAUGCUCGCGAUGGACAAGAUCGCCGAACUUGUUAAGCAACUUAAGGCCGCAAACUCUGUCCUAUCAUAUUACAUCACUUCCAGUCGGUCAAGAUGAAAAAUGUUAUAACAUCCCUAACAUUGUUACGCUAUACUGUAACAGUCACGAUCACGAAAAAUUCCAUUUUUCUCAUGAGAACGCGCAAUUUCGUGUAUUUAACAAUGUGCAUCAAUGUACCGAGUUUGUUGAUAAAUAUGACAUAUCGUCAGUCUUCUUAGUUAUAUGUAUUGACUGUACUACGGAUUUACCACAUGUCCUACAAUUGGUAAAUCAUCAGUCGGUACAUGCUACAUACAUCUUUGCUUGUGGGCAAUGGCGAGACAUGCAGAACAUUGGCUCAUUGUAUGAAAGCUCGAAAGUAAGUGGAGUAUUUGUUUCACAUAGGGAGCUUCUCGUACAACUUACGAAUGAUAUCUGUUUCUAUCGUCAAACUCUUGCCAAUACUGUGAAAAUGGAUGCACUUCGAGCUGAUUCGGAAGUUCUCGCGCAUCUGAUUCCAAGUGACAAAGAAUUUAUUCGUUCUCAACUGGUCAUUGAUGUAUUAUCCCGUUUAUUGCCUUCGACAAAUACAGAUUCAAACGUGCCUGAAUAUAUUAACACCGAACUUGCUCAAAGAAUCCACUAUUUUCACAAGUUGAAAUCUGAGCUAUCAUACAUUUACAACACCCUCGAACCUUUGUCAUCAAAUCAAAUACGUUCGUCGAUUACAGUUUAUGUUACUCAACUCACAUCUAACACAGACAUGAAUAUGAUUCGUAAAAAUUAUAAUUGCUUUCUACAAUUCUACGCUUGUCUUACAGCAUCAAGAUCUUAUUCAUCUGCAGUCCAACUAUGUCGCAGAGCAGUUGACAACGGUCUCGAUGCGGCCCUAUGGGAAAUACAGCUAACUAAAGGAACAACAAUCACGCAAAGUCCAUCACAUCCAGAUGUUUUUAUUUUUCCUCUCGGCACUAUAUUCCGAUUGAAUUCAAUUAAGCAAACAUGUGAUCUUAUCUGGCACAUCAAAAUCGAAUAUAAUAAUUACAAUAUACAACCUUUCAAGGAUCAACUUUAUUUCGAGACUCAUAGUCAAAACUUCAACAUGUCACCGCAAGAAGAACGCACUCACGUCCGACAAUUGCAUGAAGCGAUGUCUACAUUUCAAUCGUUUGUCAAUAUCAGAUCACAACCGAGAGUGCCGCUGAAAAAUCAGCAGUGUCAGUGUUUUAACCUGAACGAAACAUUUCUUCGUCUGCAGACUUACACGGAAAGGGACGAAGUAACAGAGUUUCUAUCUCAUACAAGUCUAGAGAAAAUUUUCUUUAUCAGUUCCGGCGAAGACGCUGAGAAUUUAUGUAGUUUUGUUACAGCACAACAGCGAUUCAAAGACAGUUACAUCUAUGAAUUAAAGUUAGACACUGAUGGUGUGCCCAGUGGCACAGAAGGUUGGACAGUAUGCAAUAAUAUAGAUGAUUUAUAUAAACAUGUUUACACGGAUUUAACGCAAGUACUCAAAGACACGGAUUUUGGUUAUCAAGUACCGAACGAUGCUGCUGAUACCAUACUUGAUCUGUUUCCUGCAUUUGAACUAUUUAAUCUAACUAAUAAACAAGUCUGGUGUCAGUUUUUAAACAAGAACUGCUUGAGAUUCGUUCUCUUUCGUUUAAUUUAUCAAAUUCUCUUUGAGAUGGAACAUGAUGCGUCCGCUCUGGACGAAAUGUGCAGUUACUUUCGGAACGAAUACAAGUCAUAUCCCACUCAAUUAAAAUCGAUCGAUAAGUUCCAAGCAAACUACGAUGUUAAUCACACGGUGAAAUAUUACACCGAACAUCAAUUUCUCUAUUCUCUGAUCAACCAGGCACUUCGAUCCGAAGAUUUUAAUCGAAUUUUCACAUGUCGUUAUUACAUAUCUCAUCUGGACCAACGGUUGACUACAUAUGUGGAAAAAUCAAGUACUUCGUUGACGGAAAAGUUGGUUUUUCAUGGCAAAAAACUACCGACUGCUGUAUUGCAGCAGUUGAAUGAUAGCCGUGGGAGUUUAAUAUCCAUUAAUAGCUUCCUUUCGACGUCGAAAAGCUGCAUAGUCAGUGCGGAUUAUACUGGUGCAGAUACGGACAUUCCUGGAUAUGAAAGUGUUAUGUUUACGAUGACAAUUGACAGUACGACAAAGACAAAGAUGAAAUACGCCGAUAUUACAAAUGAAAGUAAACAUCCACAGGAAAGAGAAAUUCUUUUUUCUGUUGGUUCUGUGUGGAAAAUUGAUGACGUCAUAGAUGGCCCCGUUCGGGAAGUCAAACUUACCUUCUGCGAUCAGAUCGACACUGAACUCGAAGAGAUCGACCAACGUCUGACGAAUGGUCCCACAUUUCUGUCACUAGGAAACGUGUUACGAGAACUGGGCGAUAAAAUCAAUGCUGAGAAUCAUUACUAUCGUAUGCUCGAUAGACCCGAUCUUUCAGGUGAAAUUCGCGGACAUAUAUAUUAUAACAUUGGGACAUUAGCAGCUGAACAGGGUAGAUACAGUGACGCGCUGAAAAGCUUUAGACUAGCAGUAGAACUUAUUUCCAGUGAAUCAGAAAAAGAUGUGAAUUCGAAAACCCUGAAUGAUCUAAUAUACCAUCAUAAUAUACGACCCACGCGUUUACGUAUCUGGAACAGUUUAGGCUUAUUGUAUUACAAGAACGGUGAUUGUAGAAAUGCUCGUAGUUCGUUUGAACAAUCGUUAAAAGAACAUGGACAUCCACUGGAAAAAGCAAUAGUACAUAACAACCUAGGUUUGCUUGAAUUCGACUAUGGAAACUAUCAAAAAUCGUAUAGACAUCAUGAGAAUGCAUUGAAUCUUUCUAAAAAGUAUAUUUGUGUACCAGAAUUCCAUGUUAAUUGGAGUAGAGCUAACAAUCUUCUUUCUGAAACAACAGCACACGACACAAUACUGCAACCUGUAGUUAAAUCUCGUUCAUCUACGUGUUCCGACGAGUUUUUAAUGACAAUGAAAAUAGAUCAAAUUUUGUAUGACUCAGGAAAUAAAGAUUAG